AUGAUGCGUCGACUGGCUCUGCGUUGCGGGGUGGCGGCCACAACGGCCACAGCAGCCCUGGUGCGCUGUUGUGGGCGUGCGGCAGUUAUUUCGCCGCCACUUGUAACGGCUUGUGGCAUGCAGCGACGCCUCCAAUCGAGUGUGGCUCCGUGGAGCAGCAACAACAACAACAACAACAAUAACAGGAAUAACAACGACAAUCAGCAGCAGGGACGUACAUGGGUGAAUCCGCAAGCGGUACCACCGGGCGAGUUUCUAAAUAAGUACGCACGUAACUUAACCGAUGAGGCACGUAUGGGUCGGCUGGACCCUAUCAUUGGCCGCGAGGAGAUUAUUCGACGCACCAUUCAAGUUUUGAGCCGUCGCACAAAAAAUAAUCCGGUGCUUAUUGGUGAACCCGGUGUGGGCAAAACGGCAAUUGUCGAGGGACUGGCGCAGAGAAUUGUGAGUGGUGAGGUGCCAGAGAGCAUCAAGGGCAAAAAGGUCUUUGCUCUUGAUAUGGGCUCGCUUGUCGCCGGGGCGAAGUACCGUGGUGAGUUCGAGGAGCGACUGAAGGGUGUACUGAAGGACACGAUUGAGGCGCAGGGAAAAAUUAUUCUCUUCAUUGACGAGCUGCACACACUCGUUGGGGCAGGCGCCUCCGGCGAUGGUUCAAUGGACGCGGCAAAUUUGUUGAAGCCGUCCCUUGCGCGCGGUGAAUUGCACUGCGUCGGUGCGACCACACUCGAUGAAUACCGACGCCAUAUUGAGAAGGACGCCGCACUUGCCCGCCGCUUUCAAUCGGUGCUCGUGACGGAGCCGACGGUGGAGGAAACGAUCUCCGUGCUGCGUGGCAUCAAGGAGAAGUACGAGGCGCACCAUGGCUGCCUGAUCAAAGACGAGGCGCUUGUGUACGCCGCGGUGAACUCGCACCGAUACCUCUCCGACCGUCGGCUGCCCGAUAAGGCCAUUGACCUCAUCGACGAGGCCGCAAGUCGGCUGCGGCUGCAGCAGGAGUCGAAGCCGGAGCAACUUGACAGCGUCGAGCGUGAGCUUGUUCGACUGAAGAUUGAGGUGGAGGCGGUCAAGAAGGACAAGGAUGAACUUGGAAAGGCGAAGCUUGAGCAUUUGUAUGCACGCAUUGCGGAGAGGCAGGAUGAGUACGACGCCCUGGAGGCGCGCUGGAAGAAAGAGAAGGCCAUGUUUGAGCGCAUCAAGCAGCGGACAGAGGACCUGGACGUCUUGCGGCACCAGUACGAACAGGCACGCACGGAGGGCGAUUUCGCCAAGGCGUCUGAGAUACUCCACGGCCGCAUCCCAACGCUGAAGAAGGAGAUUGAGGCGGACAAGCUCGCAACGAGGGCGGAUAGCUUCCUCACACAUGACUCUGUCACGGCAAGCGACAUUGCGCAGGUGAUUGCCCGCGCCACUGGCAUCCCGGUCCAGAAGCUCAUGACAGGAGAGCGCGACAAACUCAUUCACAUGGAUACCGAGCUGCGCCGUCGCAUUCUUGGGCAAGACGAGGCAAUUGAGUCUAUCACAAACGUCGUUCGCAUCUCCCGCGCCGCACUGCAUUCACACAAGCGACCCCUUGGAUCAUUUCUUUUUCUGGGCCCCACAGGUGUCGGUAAGACGGAGGUGUGCAAGCAACUCGCGAAGUUCCUCUUUGACGAUGAAUCCUUCAUUUGCCGCAUUGACAUGAGCGAGUACAUGGAGCGGCACUCCGUCCACCGCCUCAUUGGAGCUCCGCCAGGUUACGUCGGGUACGAGGAGGGUGGCGAACUCACAGAAUCCGUGCGGCGACGUCCGUACCAAAUUGUUCUCUUCGAUGAGUUUGAGAAGGCACAUCCAAGCGUCUCCAACAUCCUCCUGCAAGUGCUCGACGAGGGGCACCUCACCGACAGCCAUGGCCGCCGCGUUGACUUCAAAAACACCAUUAUCAUCCUCACCUCAAACAUCGGCGCAGAAGUCAUCGCGGCUCUUCCGGAAGGGGUUCCGUCCUCAAAGGCGAUGCCGGAAGUGAUGCGGCAGGUGCAGCAGCGCAUGACACCGGAGUUUAUCAAUCGACUGGAUGACAUCAUCAUGUUUAACCGUCUUGGGCGGAAGGAGACACGCAAGAUUGUGGAGCUGCUAUUCGAUCAGCUGCGGGCGAUGCUGCGAGAGCAGGAUAUCACGCUGGAGACGACAUCGGAUGUGUACGACUGGUUUGGUGAGAAUGGCUACAGCGCGGUGUACGGCGCCCGGCCGCUCAAACGCCUCGUGCAGUCGGUGCUGCUUAACCGCCUUGCGCUGAUGCUGCUGGACGGCCGUGUGCGGGAGAAGGAGACGGUGAAGGUGGAGAUGCGUGCUGGCGAGGUGUACGUCGUACCGAAUCACGAGGCUGUCAACACGACAAACAACGCUGCUGAGGACAUUGGCCUUAUCGCUUAG